AUCACUCGAAGGUGUUUAAUGGAGUCGUUUCUAUCCGUUUUCCUGGAUAAAAUGUUGUGAAUUUCAUGAAUUUUAGCUGGUAAACACGCGAAUACGGCAUUUCUUAUAUCUCUUCGUCGUUGGGUAGAAUUGUAGAUAUGAUUGGUGGUGUUUUUGUAUACAAUCACAAGGGAGAAGUGUUGAUUUCUCGGGUGUUCCGUGAUGAUAUUGGGCGUAAUUGUAUUGAUGCCUUCCGUGUGAAUGUGAUCCAUGCUCGUGGCUUAGUGCGAUCCCCUGUCACAAACAUUGCGCGGACAAGCUUCUUUCAUACAAAACGUGGAAAUGUGUGGAUAGCGGCAGUUACCAGGCAGAAUGUCAAUGCUGCCAUGGUGUUUGAAUUUCUGUUCAAAGUGGUUGAAGUAAUGCAGUCUUACUUUGGAAAACUAACGGAGGAAAACAUCAAGAAUAAUUUUGUUCUUAUUUAUGAAUUACUAGAUGAAAUUUGUGAUUAUGGGUACCCACAGAAAACCGAUACAUCCAUCUUAAAGACGUUCAUUACACAGCAAGGCAUAAAGACACAGAGUCGAGAAGAACAAGCCCAGAUCACAAGUCAAGUGACAGGCCAAAUCGGUUGGAGACGAGAGGGUAUUAAAUACCGUCGUAAUGAACUAUUCUUAGAUGUCUUGGAGUCUGUCAAUUUAUUGAUGUCUCCACAAGGUCAGACAUUAAGUGCUCAUGUGAGUGGCAAGGUGGUGAUGAAGAGUUAUCUCUCUGGAAUGCCUGAAUGCAAAUUUGGAAUGAAUGAUAAAUUACUGUUGGAGAAGCAAGCCAAGUCUUCUACACCUGAAUCUGCAGCAGCUGCUGAUACCAGCUCUAAAAAAAAUACAAGUAAAAGUGGGAUUGCAAUUGAUGACUGUACGUUCCAUCAGUGUGUUAAACUUAGCAAAUUUGAGACAGAAAGAAGCAUCAGUUUUGUUCCCCCAGAUGGUGAAUUUGAAUUGAUGAGGUACCGUACUACAAAGGACAUCAGUCUGCCAUUCAGGGUCAUACCACUGGUUCGUGAGGUUGGCAAAACUAGAAUGGAAGUCAAAGUUGUUCUUAAAUCCAACUUCAAACCUUCAGUUUUAGGACAGAAGAUUGAGAUCCGUAUACCAACACCUCCAACAACAGCAGGUGUACAGGUUGUGUGCAUGAAGGGAAAAGCGAAGUUUAAGUCCAGCGAGAAUGCCAUUGUGUGGAAGAUCAAGCGAAUGGCAGGAAUGAAGGAAUCUCAGAUUAGUGCAGAGAUUGAGCUAAUGCCUGCAAAAGAAGGGAAAAAAUGGGCAAGACCACCAAUAUCACUUAACUUUGAGGUUCCAUUUGCCUGCUCGGGGCUCAAAGUUCGUUAUCUCAAAGUAUUUGAACACAAACUCAAUUACAGCGAUCAUGACGUCAUCAAGUGGGUGAGAUAUAUCUCUCGCAGUGGGUUGUACGAGACCAGAUGCUGAGAACAACGAUCCCUACACUGCAGUGGACGCGAAUUUUUUUUUCAAUUGUCUUUUGUUUUACGCUAGGAAAAUGACUAAUGAUUUAUUAAAAUACCAAUACUGUUGCAAUUAUUAUAUAAUGAACAUUGUUCCAAGAAUUUUCGUAUGUAUCUUCGAGAGAACUUUGUAUUCGAGAUAAUUUUUGUCCGUAUAGGCUAAUAGAAAAUGAAUGCUGCGUGGAUAUUGGGAGAAUGCACACGAAAUUGGAAUAGAAAAUGACUCCAUACAGAAAAUC